AAGCUGCGCCUGUGCAUGCGCAGGGCGGGGAGACCUUGGCGAGGCGGCCGAGGAGCUUAGCGGACGGGGAAGCACUGGCGGAAAGGAAAGUUGAGAGGCAAGAUGCAGAGCUGGAGUCGUGUGUACUGCUCCUUGGCCAAGAGAGGCCAUUUUAGUCGGAUAUCUCAUGGCUUACAGGGAGUUUCUGCAGUGCCUCUGAGAACUUAUGCAGAUCAACCAAUUGAUGCUGAUGUGACAGUAAUAGGUUCUGGUCCUGGAGGAUAUGUCGCUGCUAUCAAAGCUGCCCAGUUGGGCUUCAAGACAGUCUGCGUUGAGAAAAAUGAGACGCUUGGGGGAACGUGCUUGAAUGUUGGUUGUAUUCCUUCUAAGGCUUUAUUAAAUAACUCUCAUUAUUAUCAUAUGGCCCAUGGAAAAGAUUUUGCAUCUAGGGGAAUUGAAAUGUCUGAAGUUCGCUUGAAUUUGGAGAAGAUGAUGGAGCAGAAGAGUACAGCAGUAAAAGCUUUAACUGGUGGAAUUGCCCACUUAUUCAAACAGAAUAAGGUUGUCCACGUAAAUGGAUAUGGAAAGAUAACUGGCAAAAAUCAGGUCACCGCUACGAAAGCCGAUGGCAGCACUCAAGUUAUUGAUACAAAGAACAUUCUUAUAGCUACAGGUUCGGAGGUUACACCUUUUCCUGGAAUCACGAUUGAUGAAGAUACAAUAGUGUCAUCUACAGGUGCUUUAUCUUUAAAAAAAGUUCCAGAGAAGAUGGUUGUCAUUGGUGCAGGAGUCAUAGGUGUAGAACUGGGUUCAGUUUGGCAAAGACUUGGUGCAGAUGUGACAGCAGUUGAGUUUUUAGGUCAUGUUGGUGGAGUUGGAAUUGAUAUGGAAAUAUCUAAGAACUUUCAACGCAUCCUUCAAAAACAAGGAUUUAAAUUUAAAUUGAAUACAAAAGUUACUGGUGCUACCAAGAAGUCAGAUGGAAAAAUUGAUGUUUCUAUUGAAGGUGCUUCUGGUGGGAAAGCUGAAGUUAUCACGUGUGACGUACUCUUGGUUUGCAUUGGCCGACGACCCUUUACUCAGAACUUGGGACUGGAAGAGCUUGGAAUUGAACUAGAUCCUAGAGGUAGAAUUCCAGUCAAUACCAGAUUCCAAACUAAAAUUCCAAACAUCUAUGCUAUUGGGGACGUGGUUGCCGGUCCAAUGCUGGCUCACAAAGCAGAGGAUGAAGGCAUCAUCUGUGUUGAAGGAAUGGCUGGUGGCGCUGUGCACAUUGACUACAACUGUGUACCCUCUGUGAUUUACACACACCCUGAAGUUGCUUGGGUCGGCAAAUCAGAAGAGCAGCUGAAGGAAGAGGGUAUUGAGUACAAGGUUGGGAAAUUCCCCUUUGCUGCUAACAGCAGAGCUAAGACAAAUGCGGACACAGAUGGCAUGGUGAAGAUUCUGGGACAGAAAUCAACGGACAGGGUGUUGGGAGCACAUAUUCUAGGACCGGGCGCUGGUGAAAUGGUGAAUGAAGCUGCUCUCGCGCUGGAGUACGGAGCAUCCUGUGAGGAUAUAGCCAGAGUCUGCCAUGCACAUCCGACCUUAUCAGAAGCUUUUAGAGAAGCAAACCUGGCUGCAUCGUUCGGCAAACCAAUCAACUUUUAAAUUAGAAGAUUAUAUUUUUCUGAAAUUUCCUGGGAGCUUUUGUGGAGGUCACAUUUCUGAAUAGGAAAUGCUCACAGCUCCAAGAAUUUCUAGGACUGAAUUAUGAAACUUUUGGAAGGUUUUAAUAGGUUCGGAGAGAAUGGAAUAAUCUCAUCUAUUUUAAAAUAAAUUGAAUAUUUUGUUUCAGUGCAUUGAAAUUGCAGAAAAAAGCUACUUAUAGUAGCAUCCUGGAAAAUUUUCUCCAACCCAUAUUUUCAUGUUGUUUCUGAACGAUUCGACUUCACUAAAUUUAUGUUACAUAGCUUUUAUCUCUGCUCUUGUAAAGUUGGAUUUACUUACAUGGAUGGAGCUGGCAUAGGGUAUGUGAGCCAGCUGUGUUUGAAGCAAGGUGAUCAAGUUAUUUUAAACUUGGUUUUCGUAUUGGAAACAGUCAUUAGGAUCAGAUUAAAGUAUGUAUAAACCAUACUGAUGUAAAUAAAUGAUCUCACUUAUUUUAUUUAAUCCCUAAAUUCUUGCAGCUUAGAGGUAGAAUUUAUGUUUAAAUUUUUAAGGACCCAUUGAGGUCUGCAGUUUCUAGUUACCCAGUUAGCCAAAUUAAGGAGGUAUAUCUGUGAAAUUCAGAUACUAAAUGGAGACAUAACUGUAUUACAGCGGGGAAUGAAAAUACAGAAAUAAAUAGCUUAAAUAUUCA